AUGAAGCAAAAUAACAGUGUCAAUGAGUUCAUACUUCUAGGUUUGACACAGGAUCCCACGAAACAGCAAAUGGUGUUUAUAAUCAUCUUCAUUUUCUAUGUGGGGACUGCAGUGGGAAAUUUGCUUAUUAUUGUGACCAUAAAGUGUAGCCAGACACUUGGGAGCCCCAUGUACUUCUUCUUAUUUUAUUUGUCUCUUGCUGAUUCCUGCUUUUCAACUUCCAUUGCUCCAAGAUUAUUUGUGGAUGCUCUAGCUACAAAAAAGGUCAUAUCUUACAAUGAGUGUAUGACUCAGGUCUUUGCAUUACACUUAUUUGGUGCCAUGGAGAUCUUUGUCCUAGUCCUCAUGGCUGUUGAUCGCUAUGUGGCCAUCUGUAAGCCUUUGCGUUAUCCUACUAUAAUGAGUCAGCAGGUCUGCAACGUUCUGAUCAUUCUUUCCUGGAUAGGGUCUUUUAUACAUUCCACAACCCAGAUUAUUUUGGUUUUGAGAUUGCCUUUCUGUGGCCCCAAUUUAAUUGAUCAUUAUUGCUGUGAUUUGCAGCCUUUGCUGAAACUUGCAUGCAUGGACACUUACGUGAUCAAUCUUCUUUUUGUGUCUAACAGUGGAGCCCUUUGUACUAGUGGCUUUGUAAUUCUAAUGACCUCUUACACAGUCAUUUUGCAUUCACUGAGAAAGCACAAUGCAGAAGCUAGGAGAAAAGCUCUCUCCACCUGCACUUCCCACAUCAUUGUAGUCAUCUUAUUCUUUGGUCCUUGUAUAUUCAUAUACACACGUCCACCAACUACUCUCCCUAUAGACAAGAUGGUGGCAGUAUUUUACACUAUUGGAACACCCUUUCUCAACCCACUUAUCUAUACACUGAGAAAUGCAGAGGUGAAAAAUGCCAUAAAAAAGUUAUGGCAUACUAAAAUCACUGAAGAAAGCAAAAGAUAA